CUCUUUACUACAUUCAAAAUCAAACUACUCUUCUCUCUCUUUACUACAUUCACAUAGUUGAUCUUGCUACCACGAUCCAUCGAGAUUCAGAUCUUCAUAUUACUAUAUCGUGUUUAAAUACUCAUCUAUCGUCAUUGUUGAAUCAAAUUCUGAAUACAGAAAUACGUUCAUGUUCUGUUUACAGAGUUAGUCCUCAAUAUUGGAAACAAAAACAAGCCCGUGUUCUGCUUUCAAAGUCAGUCGUCGAAUUAUGGCUAGCUUCAAUGACCAUGAUUUAUUUUCUAGUACUAGUAGAUGUGUAUGGGUAAAUGGUCCUGUUAUUGUAGGUGCAGGGCCAUCAGGACUAGCUGUUGGUGCUUGUUUAAAAGAACAAGGUAUCCCUUUUGUAAUCUUGGAGAAAUCAGAUUGUAUUGCAUCUCUAUGGCAAAAAAAAACUUACAAUAGAUUAAAACUACACCUCCCUAAACAAUUUUGUCAAUUACCCAAAUUUCCAUUUCCACAACACUAUCCUGAGUACCCUACAAAGAAACAAUUCAUUGAUUAUCUUGAAUCAUAUGCUAAAAGAUUUGACAUAAAUCCAAUGUUCAAUGAGUGUGUUCAACUUGCAAAAUAUGACAAAAUUUGUAAAUUGUGGAGGGUGAAAACUAUUUCACCAAAUGGAUUAGAAGUUGAGUAUAUUUGUCAAUGGCUUGUUGUGGCAACAGGGGAAAAUGCUGAAAAAGUUGUGCCAAAUAUUGAAGGAUUGAAAGAAUUUGGAGGUGAAGUUAUUCAUGCUUGUGAUUAUAAGUCUGGUGAAAAGUUCAGUGGGAAGAAAGUUGUUGUUGUUGGUUGUGGAAAUUCUGGCAUGGAAGUUUCUCUUGAUCUUUGCAAUCAUAAUGCUCAAACAUCAUUGGUUUGUCGUAGCUCGGUUCAUGUAUUGCCAAGAGAAAUAUUUGGGAAAUCAAUAUUUGAAUUGGCUAUGUUGAUGAUGAAAUGGUUACCAUUGUGGCUAGUUGACAAAAUUUUACUAAUUUUGACAUGGUUUAUUCUUGGUAACAUUGAGAAAUAUGGGCUAAAAAGGCCAAAAAUUGGACCUUUGGAACUCAAGAACACACAAGGGAAAACUCCUGUUUUGGACAUUGGUGCAUUGGAAAAAAUUAGAUCAAGAAAAAUCAAUGUUGUCCCAGGAAUCAAGAGGUUUUCAUGUGGCACCGUUGAGCUUGUCAAUGGUGAAAAACUCGAAAUCGAUUCUGUUCUUCUUGCUACUGGCUAUUGUAGCAAUGUUCCUUUUUGGCUAAAGGAAAGUGAAUUCUUUUCCAAAAAUGGAUUCCCAAAAGCACCAUUUCCAAAUAGUUGGAAAGGAAAAUCUGGGCUAUAUGCAGUUGGUUUCACAAGAAGAGGGCUAUCAGGUGCUUCUGCUGAUGCUAUUAAAAUUGCACAAGAUAUUACCAUUGCUUACAAUGAAGAUAUUAUGCAAAAAAAAGCAAAAAAAAUUUCAACCUUGUGAUUUGAUGUAAUCAUAUGUAGAGAUUAAUUUUGUGAAAAAAAAUAGGUAGCAUAGAUAGAUUAGCCCAAGUUUUGGUAUAGUUUUGGGAAUUUUGUACUACGAGUUUUCAGAUCUCUGUAAGAAGGUCAGGUGAAAAGUACUUGCAUAAGUUGUUAGAUUCUCUAGAAAAGAAAAUAAGUUCUUUUUUGGAGACGCGUUGUCUGGUUGAGUUUCUCGAGGAUGAUGAGGUGGUCUAGUUUGUUUGUUUUUUUAACCUCUUUUACCCCUUUUUCCAACUUUGACUUUAGUGUUUACUUAUGUUGAUAAUUUUCUACAUAUUUGUACAAUUACUAUUGAUAUUAAUCAAAGUGACAAAGAUAUUCCUUUAUUGUUCAAA